AUGGCAAAAGACAUUGAAAUAUCCGCAUCAGAGUCAAAAUUCAUCUUAGAAGCCUUGAGACAAAAUUAUAGACUGGAUGGCCGCUCCUUUGACCAAUUUCGUGACGUGAAAAUAACGUUUGGUAAAGAAUUUGGCGAUGUCAGCGUGAAAAUGGGUAAUACCAAAGUUCACUGCAGGAUUAGUUGCCAAAUAGCACAGCCAUACGAGGAUAGGCCAUUUGAAGGGUUAUUUGUAAUAUCAACUGAAAUAUCUCCUAUGGCUGGUUCUCAAUUUGAAAAUGGAAACAUUACAGGUGAAGAUGAAAUCCUAUGUUCAAGAAUAAUUGAAAAAUCUGUUAGGCGGUCCGGUGCACUGGACGUGGAAGGGCUAUGCAUCGUUGCUGGCAGUAAAUGCUGGGCCGUGAGAGCAGAUGUGCAUUUUCUGGAUUGUGACGGUGGAUUUAUUGACGCUUCGUGUAUUGCUGUCAUGACAGGAUUGAUGCACUUUAAGAAGCCAGAUAUAACUGUCCAUGGCGAACAAAUCAUUGUUCAUCCUGUUAAUGAAAGAGAGCCAGUUCCACUAGGUAUACUGCAUAUUCCAAUAUGUGUAACUUUUUCUUUCUUCAACCCUCAAGACACCGAGGAAAACAUAAAGGGUGAAACCAACUCAGAAAUUUCGAUUAUUGAUGCAACAUUGAAAGAAGAAUUACUGCGAGAUGGUGUCCUGACUGUUACGUUGAACAAAAACCGUGAAGUGGUACAAGUUUCCAAAGCGGGCGGUUUACCAAUGGAUGCUUUGACAUUAAUGAAAUGUUGCCACGAAGCUUAUACCAUCAUCGAAAAAAUAACUGACCAAAUACUGCAGCUUUUAAAAGAGGACUCGGAAAAUAGAAACAAGUAUGCUGCUAUGCUUACAUCUGAAAAUGCGCGUGAAAGCUAA